AUGACCACCGACGCCCCAGUUGCUGCUGCUCCGUCCUCGCCCGUCGUUCCCCUCCUUGCCAACUCCCCGCCUACCUCCCCACCAGCAAAGCGUGUCAAGACCGACAGCAUGGCCCAGCAGACGGAACAACCUCAGUCGCUCGCCGCCGCUUUGGCUCCGGCUCCUGUUCCCGCCCUCGCCAUCCAGAAGCUCUCUGCCGACGCCAAGCUGCCGACCCGUGGCAGCGCCUUUGCUGCUGGCUACGACCUAUACGCUGCCCGCGCCUGCGUCAUCCCCGCCCGCGGCAAGGCCCUUGUGGACACGGACAUUGCCAUGGCGGUCCCCGCCGGCACCUACGGCCGCAUCGCGCCCCGCUCGGGGCUGGCCGCCAAGCACUUUAUCGACACAGGUGCGGGCGUGAUUGACGCCGACUACCGGGGCCAUGUUCGCGUGCUGCUCUUUAACCACAACGAGACGGACUUUGCAGUAGCCGCGGGCGACCGCGUGGCCCAGCUGGUGCUGGAGCGGAUUGUGACUCCCGACGUGGUCGAGGUGGCGCAGCUGGAUGAGAGCGUUCGGGGUGCUGGCGGCUUUGGCAGCACAGGUGGGUUUGGUGCUGGUGCUCCUACUGCGACUGCUCCGGCCGCUGCCGCCCUGGCCGCUGCACCAGUCCCGGCUCCGACGGAGGGCUCUGCGUAA